AUGGGCCCAGCAAUAAAACUGUUCUUGUUGUUAAUGCUAAUCACUUGCCGUUUAGGAUCGGGUGAUAAAGCAUAUAAAGUAAUUAAAAUCAGAGUACCACAAACGAUAUGGAGACAAGCCCUGCAUCCGACUCCAGUACUAAAAUCUCCUGUAACGAUCACUGUGCCUAUAAACGUUCAAGAUGACAACGUUGAAGAAGAUGAUGAUUUUAUAGAGGAUGAAAUAGAAGAUGAAGUUCCAACUGUUACCGACGCUGUCGUUGUUCAGAAUACCAGUGUGACACAAGUGCUACAAGAUCCAGCACCGGUAGUAUCAACUGCAGCACCAAUUGUUACACAGAGUCCAGUACUACAAGAUCAAGUAGUUACCCAACAGCCUACACAAGACGUUCCUGGUCAAGUAAUUCGAUUCCCUUGUGCUUGUCGAAGUAGACAGUGCGGGUGUUGUACGGGAGCCAUACUGGAACGCAUCAGAAUGAAAGCGUGUGGAAACAUCACCUUUGUUCCAGAAGAUUUUGUAUUCGAUGUGAGGAUGACUGUCAAUAAUAACACUGUUGUACGCCGACGAGUUUCAGCCAGCGACCCGCCGCCGAUAUGCUUCAAUCCACGAAGAGCUCCCUUCAUUCGUAUUUGUGCCGAAAUAUCCAAUAUUCAAAUUAGAAACCGGAAUGCUCACGCCUGCUUAGACAUCAAUGCAGAUAUUGGUGGAUUCCCAGUUUAUUCCGCGUCCUUCAGAUGUUUCAGACUAGGGGCAUCUGGUGUUCAGACAGGAUUGAAGCCCAGGCCUAUUUCAUCGGGACCCGAGCCAGUCAGCCUAUUUGGCAAUGCUGAUAACGACGAUGACGGUGGGGGCUUCUUGGAAAACGCUGUGGGCGAUGUUAUUGGUGGAGACGGUUUAUUUGGAGGCGGAGGCUCAAGUGACGACGAUGGUCCAUUCGAUGGCAUCGGUGAUGCUUUCGGAGAUUUUUUUGACGGCGACUCCUAGUUAAUUGUAAUUCAUAACUUUACAAACCAGUA